CAAAAUUGAUAAUAGCCCCGGGGCUAUUAUCAGUCACGUGACCGAUAAUGACCCUGCGAUUGUCCGCACGUGCAACGUGACGCAAUUUCACGUUGUUGAAGAUGGCUGACGGAGUAGACAUGGGUGAACGUACGCUCGAAAAUUUAGCCAACAGGCUACUUCAACUGGAUUCUGCCAUCGAAAAAAAUGAACAUUUCACUGAGGCACAAGCCCGGCAAUUCAUUGAAGCAAAGAAAAACAAGGCUACGGUAACAAAAACUAGGAGUGACAUGAAAAAGGUGAACGAUUGGCUGAAUGAUGACGGCGAGACCCGGCAGAUCAAAGACAUUCCACCAAAGGAGCUAGAUAUUCUUCUAUCCAGAUUCCUGCUCAGUGUCAAGAAGACCAAGCUUUCGGCAGAGGCGAAUGGCCCCGCUGCAACCAACUUCGAGCCAUCUACCCUGCGUGGCAUCUUGUCAAGUGUAAAGAGACACCUGUCCGAGAAUGAGUACGAAGGCGAUGUCAUGGGCGGAAAAGAGUUCAAACUCACACGGGACACGCUAAAAGCGAAAUGCGUGGACUUGAAAGAAAAGGGACUUGGCAACAAAAAACAGAGAGCCGAUCCCUUCACUUCCUCAGAGAUUCAACAACUCUACGAAAAGGAACUUCUUGGAGCCGGUAAGUUUGGCAGUUAAUUGAUUGUUUACAUAUCACUAAGCAACAAAGACAAGGGAGACAACUAAAGCAUAAAGAGAACGAUAUA